AUGGCUACACCUGGUUUUUGUAGAAUUUGUUUACAACCAGAUAUUGAAAAAUCAAACAAAUGCAUCUCCCCUUGUUUUUGUUGUGGUACUAUGUCUAAAGUCCACAAAACUUGUUUGGAAAAAUGGUUAGGACAAUCUGGCUAUAAUUCUUGCGAAAUAUGUGAAUAUCAGUACAAAACACAUAGAAUAUCAACCUAUACAUAUUUAAAAUCUUUCAAAGAAUGGCUUCAAAGUACAGAGUCGGAAAAUGAAAUGAGGCAGUCUCUACCCGAUUUAUUUUUAUUUAUUGUGUAUACACCACUUUUAAGUCUAGUGUCUUAUUUAGGACUGGAAACAAAUGAAGCAAUAUUUCGCGAGACUGCAAAUACAACUGUAAAUAAAAUUAUGUAG